CAAGCCACCUCCACUCUCCCUUUGCCUUGUCUGCCCUUAAGGUCAGGUGGGGACAGGCUGGGGCCACCAGCCAGCUCCAUGGACAGGGACUUCGCCUCUGUUCAUCUGCUAUCUUUGGAAAGAAAAGAAGAAAGGUCUGUGUUGAUUUGUCCUUGGGGGGUCCUUCCCCCUCCUAAACCUCCGGGGGCACAGACAGUGAUUCCAGCUUGGAUUGACUGUAGAAGAAGGGACAGAAAGAGCCCAGGACAUUCCCCCAGAUGUUCCAGUUGUGACUUCUCUCCAGCCCCUUGAUGGGACCGUCUGAAAGGCCAUCCACCAGCUGGAUGCACAAGGAAGCAGAGAUGCCAGCUGGUUCCCAGCCCGAUGGGAAGAGCAGGGGGUGGAGGCCUGGAGAUGGGGGCGUGGCCCCUCCCCCCCUCCCCCCAGCCCUGUCCUUCCUCCUCCUCCUGCCACUGGCCAGCGCCCUCCAGCCCACUCCACUGGCUUCUUCAGAUGCCCCCGCGUCCAAGGCACUGCCUCAGACUUCCCAUUUCACAGAAGGGACGGAUCCCAAGACUCCCAUGGCUUACCGCAAAGCCGGCAUCCUGCAGGUCGGGCCCAGUGAUCCCCCCGGUGCCAGCUCAACCCUCUUCACAGAGCUGAGGCUGGUGGGGGGCCCGAGCCGCUGCCGGGGGCGCCUGGAGGUCCUGCACAGUGGCUCCUGGGGCAGCGUCUGUGAUGAUGACUGGGAUGUGGUGGAUGCCAAUGUGGUGUGUCGGCAGCUGGGCUGCGGCCUGGCACUGCCUGUGCCGCGGCCCCUUGCUUUUGGCCAGGGUCGAGGGCCCAUCCUGCUGGACAACGUGGAGUGCCGUGGACAGGAAACCGCACUGAGCGAGUGUGGCAGCCGAGGCUGGGGCGUCCACAAUUGCUUUCACUAUGAGGAUGUGGCUGUCCUGUGUGAUGAAUUCUUGCCCACACAGCCCUCGACAAGGAAGGUGCUAACCAGUAGAGCGACCCCUACAACUCCUCAGAAUGGAAAAGGUGAGGGCAGCGUGCGCCUGGUGGGGGGCGCGGGCCCCUGUCAGGGCCGAGUGGAGAUCCUGCACGGCGGCCUGUGGGGCACGGUGUGUGACGAUGACUGGGGGCUGCCGGACGCCGCUGUGGUCUGCCGCCAGCUAGGCUGCGGGGCGGCCUUGGCCGCCACCACCAACGCCUUCUUCGGCUAUGGCACGGGGCACAUCCUGCUGGACAACGUGCACUGCGAAGGCGGCGAGCCCCGCCUGGCGGCUUGCCUGAGCCUGGGCUGGGGCGUGCACAACUGUGGCCACCACGAAGACGCGGGCGCGCUCUGCGCAGUCCUGGGUCCCACAACUCUCACAGCACUACCAUCCUCGGCCACAAGAGCAGACUGGGCCUGGCACACCGAGCCGUCAGGUACUGGAGUUGGUGCCCAGCCUUCUGCGGAGUCGGCUCUGUUAACCACAGCCACCUGGGCGGCGGGGAAGAAAAGCGGGCGGCUGCGGCUGGUGGGCGGCCCGGGCCCGUGCCGCGGCCGCGUGGAGGUGCUGUACGCCGGGGGUUGGGGCACCGUGUGCGACGAUGACUGGGACUUCGCGGACGCGCGCGUGGCUUGCCGCGAGGCGGGCUGCGGGCCUGCGCUGGGCGCCACGGGUCUCGGUCACUUCGGUUACGGCCGCGGCCCGGUGCUGCUGGACAACGUGGGCUGCGUGGGUACUGAAGCCCACCUGAGCGACUGCUUCCACCUUGGCUGGGGCCAGCACAACUGCGGCCACCACGAAGACGCGGGCGCGCUCUGCGCAGGCCCAGAGGAGAUGGGACUGCAAGUUCAGCAGGACGGCUCUGAGACCACUCGGGUGCCCACUCCUCGACCCAGGGAUGGGCACCUACGUCUGGUCAGCGGAGCCCACCGAUGUGAGGGGCGUGUAGAGCUCUUCCUAGGGCAACGCUGGGGCACGGUUUGUGAUGAUGCCUGGGACCUGCGGGCAGCUGGUGUCCUGUGCCGUCAGCUGGGCUGUGGCCAAGCUCUGGCAGCCCCUGGUGAGGCCCACUUUGGCCAAGGCGGAGGCCCCAUCCUUCUGGACAACGUCAAGUGCCGUGGAGAUGAGAGCACCUUACUGCUCUGCUCUCACAUCCGCUGGGAUGCCCACAACUGUGACCACAGUGAGGAUGCCAGUGUCCUGUGCCGGCCCUCGUGACCCAGCUGGCUCUGCAGACCACCUCUUCUUCCGGGAGCCUACUGUGACCUGCCCCUCUUCCUCCAGGAAGCCCUCCUCCUGUGACUUCUGCAGUUCACCCAGCCCCUCUCUCCCCUUGCUUGGGAGAAAGUCUAACCAGAGGGGAAGUCCUGCCUGGGGGAACCUGGAUCUAACCCAUCAACUUCUUGGGUGACCUCGUCUGUCAUCAGCUAUUGUGGUCCAGUGCAAUGAACACACUCAUAUUUUGUUUAGCCAAAACAGAAAAUGACUGGGGUGGAGUUGGUGGCUCUGGAUUCUUCUCUUUGUGGGAACUCCUAUUACGGUACUCAUGACCCUGCCUUCUUCUACCUGGAUCCGGAAGGCGCAGGGUUUCUCUGUAAAUAGGAUGCCUUCCCUUCCCCUGACCUAUCUGGGGAUCCCUAAGCAGGGGGAGACAGGAGACACAUGCAGCUCUUUCCUUAGACUCCCAGGGGCUGCAAACAACCCUGGGUCAUUGUUCUGACCUUCUCCAUGAAGGCCUGGACUUAGAUGGUGCUCGGCUGGACAAGGGGGCUGGAGGGGCCAAAGCAGGGACAGUGGCUCCUCCCUGCAGCUGGAACCCGCAGCUCUGAUUUAUGCUGCCCCCACCACAGCCUCCACUUUGCAGUAGCAAAGAAGCCUGGGGGCCUGUAGCCACCCGUUCAUAGGUGCCAACUCAAUAAAGCAUUGUCCCCGACUUUUAGACUUUGAACUGAGGUCAUUGUUGGAGCAGCAGUGCAUUAUUUGUGGCAGCAGGAAAGAUUCCAGGCAGGUCUGACUCUCUGGAGGAAUCUGGCCUGAGGAUGGAGGGCGGUGGCCCAAGAGCAUCCACUCUGAGCUGCAGUCCCAUCACACACUGGAAAUGCUGAUUCACUGCGGCGGGCCUCCAAGGUCCCUAGAGAAUACCCUGGCCCUUGGCCUGUCUCCUCUUUCCUUUUACAUAUACAGAAAUCAAGAUGCAGCUAAAGGAAGGGGUUUGCUCAAGGUCACAGAGCAAGGUGAAGGAGUCACUCGAGAAGAAAAAAUGCUUAAAGAGAGUGGGAAGGGAGAUAGGGAACAAACCAGUGUUGGGGCUUCCUCAAGAUCCUGCCAGAGCCUUUCUCUUGGUCGCAGGUGUCAAGUGUCCAGGGUCAAGCCCCCACCCUUAGGGUCCAGCCUGCAGGCUCUUAUUUUUUUGGUACUGGGGUUUGAACCCAGAGGUGCUUUACCUCCAAGUCACAUCCCCAGUCCUUUUUAUCUUUCACUUUGAGACAGGGUAUUGCUAAGUUGCUUAGGGCUCGGCCUUGAACUUGCAAUCUUCCAUCCUCAGCCUCCCAAGCUGCUGGGAUUGCAGGCAUGUGCCUGAGAUGGGUCCUGGCUAGCCUGCA